UCUCCUCCUACUAUCCCCCAGGAAUUUUAUUUUCGAAAUGUUAUUUGAGAAUUUAAUUUUAGUAGCUUCAAUUUACAGAAGAAUAUGCUUAAAACCCAAAUUACAAAAGAACACGCUCAUGAAACCAACAAUGUUGAAAAAUCGGCAGAUUAGCUAUAGAAAAAAUGUGGCAUUCUCAUGCAAUUCCUCAUCUCCACAAAAACCAGCCAUAAUCUCCAAAAUCGAGCUGUCUUCGUUCCAAAAUCUCUAGGUUCUGCCAUCUUCAACAAUUUCAGGCAAUCUCUAGGUAUGGAUUACACUAACGUCUUCUUACAUUAUGGUGGCAAAUGGGCACAGAACAAUGAGUACACCAAUUUUAUGACAGCUGGAAUCCUAGUGCCUCGUGGGUGCACAUAUGGCAUGCUUGUGGAGAUGAUAUAUUCGGAAUUGGAAUUGGAUCGAACAAUGACGGAGAUAACAAUUAAGUAUCAAGUGAAAGAAGACGUACCUCUGAUGAAGAUUAAAUCAGAUAACAACGUCAUGUUCUACUUGGAGCUCAAAAGAAAGGACCAGGGAGUUGCAACAUUUCCCUUGUGCAUCGAUACUUCACCAGUAACAGAAAAUAACAGAUCCGAUACUAAUCAUGAAGUGCAACAUUUGGACCAUGAUGGUGCUGUCACAGGGUUGGAGAUGCUCAAGUCACAACCACCUAAAAGAUGUUAUUCGACGUUCAAGGCCCCUACAAGGUUACCAACUGUUGAAGACAUUGCUUUUGAAGUUUCUCAACCCAUACCUGAUGUUAACGAAAUGGUUAUGGAAGCUGAAACUAGUGUGAUUUCGCAUCCAACUGCUGAUAGAAUUGAAAAAGGUCAGAUUUUCAGCAAUAAAAAGGUGAUGAUGAAAAGUAUUGCAUUGUAUGCCAUAGAGAACCGCUUUCAAUUCAGGGUUAAAAGAUCAGAUAAGAAGGAGUAUGUCGUGAAAUGCGUGGAUGCCAAUUGUCAAUGGUCUUUUAUGGCUUCGAAGGUGAGGAAAACAGACGAGUUUAAGAUAAGGUACAUUAGGAAUGAACAUACGUGUUCGUUAGAUGUGAUAUUAAGAGAUCACCGUCAAGCAUCAAGUUCAGUGGUAGCGAGUUGCAUCAUGUAUAAAUACACCUCCGCUAAGACUAAAUACACUCCAGGUGAUAUAAUAAAUGAUAUGAUGAAUGAGUAUGGGGUGUCAUUGAGUUACGGAAAAGCCUGGAGGGCCCAGGAGCAAGCAAAUGUGGAGCUAAGAGGUGAUCCAGAAGAAUCCUAUGGAAAGCUUCCGACUUACAUGUACAGGUUGGAAGUAACAAAUCAGGGAUCAGUUACAGGACUAGAGACUGAUUCGAGCAAUAUGUUCAAGUAUGCUUUUGUGGCUUUAGGAGCUUCUUUGCAAGGAUGGGGGUAUUGUAGACCCAUAAUUGCAAUUGAUGGUACCUCCUUGAAGGGAUAUUAUGGUGGUAUACUAUUUACGGCAUAUACCCAAGAUGCCAACAACAAUAUUUAUGUACUUGCUUUUGGAGUUGGUGACUCUCAGAACGAUAAUUCAUGGGAAUGGUUCCUAACAAUGAUGAAAGCAUCUUAUGGGGAACGGGAAAGUUUGUGUUUUGUAUCGGAUACUCACCCAAGCAUAGAGAAUGCAAUUAGGAAGGUAUAUCCAAAUGCCAUGCAUGCAUUUGGUUCCUACCAUCUGUUGCGUAACUUGAAGACAACUUUUGACAUAAGUGGGAAAAACAUGACAGAUCCCUUCAAUGCAGCUGCUAGAGCCUACACGACAGCUGAAUUUGAGCACCAAAUGACACAGCUUGAUGAGAUCCACACAGGAAUCCGGCCAUAUUUGGAUAAGAUCGGAUAUCAUAGGUGGUCAAGAGCCUACAUGACAAAUAAUAGGUUUUCUGUUAUGACGUCAAACAUAGUUGAGUCAGUGAAGGCGAUUACAAAAUCAGCCAAGACUUUCCCUAUAGAAUACCUGCUGGAAUUCUUAAGGUGCAUUCUCCAAAAUUGGUUUUGCAAGAAUCGGGAUGAUGCACACAAAACUUCCACAAAUCUUGCAUCAAAAUAUGAAUGUAUGUUGCAGGAAAGGUCAAGCAAGUCAGCGAAAAUAAAGGUUUCUGCAUCAAGUGAAGCGAUUUACGAUGUUAGUGAUGCCACAACCUCCCAUUUAGUGAACAUUCAAGAACGGACUUGCUCGUGCAACAGAUUUCAGAUGGAUGAGAUCCCAUGCGUACAUGCACUGGCAGUUAUUACAGAAAGAAACCUCAACUCCUACGACUAUUGCUCCAAAUACUACACAAAGAAGUCGUACAUUGAAGCAUACAAGGGGACCAUUUUUCCACUUGGGAACCGUGAUGAUUGGAUUGUACCAGAUGAUAUCGGUUCAAGGAUUGUGUUGCCUCCUAUACCAAAAAGAAAAUCCGAAAUGUCUGAAGAAAAGAGAGUACCAUCAAGAAGAGAAAGAAGACAAGUAACAAAAUGUGGGGGAUGUGGGGCGCUUGGGCAUAAUCGAAGAACAUGCAAUAACCAGACGCCAUUGCAUCCAAAGAGAAAAAGGAAACUGAUGUCCGAAGACUUGUAAAGAUUGUGAGAAGUCACUCUAUAAGAAGUAUGAGCUGUUUUUUUUGCUGUAUGCCAUGUUUUUUUGGAUAACUAUUUUGAACGGUAUCAAAAGUUUGAAGAAUCGAAUAGUGAUAGCAAGGAAACACUUGUAAAGAAUGUCACAGGCCAUUGCCGAAGUUAUCUUUUCUUUCUCAUCUUUCCUCUUCGGAUUUGGCAUUUCAUGUCGUUUUUUGCUGGGAAAAGUUUAUCUUCGUCCACGCCUUCAAUAUAGUUUUCCGACA